GCUGAUGCGCUGCCUGUCUGUAGGUGGUGAAGCCUCGUUUGGUGACACUUUUGUUUUUAUGUUAAUAUUUUCUUUUACAAACCGCGGCGCUUUUGUCAACGCGCAGGUUUAUAUAGCCAGGGGAAGGGAUGAUGACAGCGUUUAUCAGCGGUUGAGGAAGCUGCCGUGUUUCUGGAGAGCCUCUUGAGAUCGCCUUUAAGCGUCUGCCAUGAGUUGUUUGGAUGUUAUGUAUCAUCAUCAGAGUUAUGGAGCUCAUCACUAUCUGCCCGCGACAUCAGCGACGGCGGCGGCGUACAAAGCGGCGUAUUUACACCAUCACCACCAGCAUCAUCAGCAGCAGCAGCAGAAGAAGUUCGGCGUCUUCAGCAGGAUGCAGGAUUCAGAGGAGUUUCCCUCGCACUGCGGCCAGAAUAAGCAGCCCGGAGCUCUGAAGUCCCGCUCUGAGCCUGAGCUUCUGCCAGAGGAGGAGCAGAGCAGUGGGGAAGAGGAGCGCUGUAAGGACACACUGCAGCCUGCCGACGCCGAGUACUUGAGUGCCAGGUGUGUGGUCUUCACCUAUUUUCGUGGAGACAUCGGGGAUGUGGUGGACGAGCAUUUCUCACGCGCUUUGAGCCAGAACAGUGCCUUCAGCAACGACACCAAGACCAGCAGACUUAACCCUGGAGGACCAUGGAAAGAAGGAAACUCCCACUCUGACGGUCAGACUAGUUCCUUACCUUCAUCUCUAUGGGGCAGUGGUUACCCGUCCCAGAGCAGCCCUUGUGUCCCAUCCUCUCACCCCGACUUCCCCCCCAGCGCCGCUUUUCACCCCGCGGACACUGGCAUCUGGAGCAGCCACAGCCUCGCCCCUCCUCCUUCUGCUCUCACGGACUCCUGGCACUACGGCCUGGGACCGCAGAGUGGAGCGGGAUACCCUCACAUCCACGAGAUGUACCCUCACAUGCACCCGCGCCACCCACAUCCACACGCCCAUCACGUGCUCCAUCAUGCCCACAGCCCUGCUCUGGACCCCCGCUUCAGCCCGCUUCUGUUACCAGGCGUAAGGGCAUCCUGCAGUCCGACAUCCUGCACCGAUACAAUCAAAACAGAGCUGGAGCCCAGCAGUAUCCCGACACCAAGCUGGCCUGCUUCUUUCCAUGGGUCAGUGGACAUCUAUGAUACAGCUCUGGAGCAGGACAAAGCGAAGGCCAGUGUUUGGUUCUGAGAUUGACUGUACUUUACGCUUUUGGACUGGACCACUUCUACAGCCCAGGCCCACAUGCAGCACUGCGUGUGGAUUCUUUCCUCCAAGGACUUUCUUGGGAACUUUUCAGGAGGACAUCAGUCUCUAUCAGCGGGACCAGCACAAAAACAGCUUUGGGGAAAAUUAGUGUUUUCGUAAAGCAUACCAUCCCGUCUGGGUUUGUGCCCUUUAAUGUGCACUCGUGGACACAGAUCCAAUUCAGGAAGCUUCUCCUCUCAUCUGGGCUCUGAAAAAUGAGGUUUUCUUUACACCAAAAGAGUUUUUCUCGACAUGGUUGAUGCUUUAGUACUGCAUUCAUGUACUCACCACAGGUUCUGUUGAAAGAACCGAACAUAUUAGUACAGUGCAGUGUGAAGAUCUGAGAAAAUCUGUAAUAUAUUUGUCUAAAAUAGUCUUUUGACUUUUACUGAUUGGUGUUUUCUGUGUUAAUAGAUUAUUUGGGAACACUGUACUUGAAGGGAUGUUCAUAAGGUGUUUAAAAUCAGGACAUCAAUAUGAAGGAGAUUUUAUGCAUGCUUAUGACAACUGUCAUUGAGUGAUUAGCGCAGUUAUGUCAUUUUAAAUGCACUGAUGACAUUGUUUGAGAUGUUUUUGUUACGACAGUUUGACAUUACCAAGCCAGCAUAACUUGUCAUAAAUCUGUCAUAAACAUAAUUGAGGCCAUUAUAAUUGGGUCAUGGAUAUACAGUGCUCAACAUAUAUAAGUACACCCCUCACAAACCUCUCAUUUAGAUUCAUAUUUUCUAUAGGAAGCUUUACAAUAUUUUAUUUGUGCAUCAGUGAGAUUUGUGGCUGGGAGGCACAGACUUUUUUUAGGGUCAGAUUUACAAGUAUAUACACCCAAUAUAUUUGCCAGCCACCAAUUGUGUUUCAUAUAGCAUAUCAGCUUUCCUCCUAUACACAUAGCAGGUACAUAUUGGGUCAAGGAAGAAUGUAAAAUUCUGUAUGCCUCCCAAAAACACCAAGGUGGAAGCUACAGACAGCCUAUAACAAGCGACCUAGCGACACAGCACCACGGGGAUGCUCACGCUAGCUCUAUGUCUCUCAAAACAUAAAAUAACAGACUCCUAUUGAACGUUACUUGACGUAGAAGAAGAGCAACCACUGAACAAGAAUAACCGUGAGCUUAUGCGCGCCCUCUACAGUGCGGCAGAGCUACUGCCUGCCUCACCUUAUGCCUUUUCUGUGAUAGACAUACUGUACAUGAAAUACAUUACCUAUUAUAGGGAAAGUGAGGACAUAUAGAAAUGUCUAGAAUGUAUCAAAACAUUUUAAUAAAGCAUUACAUUGGUAGCAUACACUGAGUGAGCAAAAGGAACACGUUCAAGACAGUCUGAAGGGGAUUGCGCAAUCUGACGUAAGGCACAGCUUGGGCUGCCUCACCUCGCUUACUACGCUGUAAUUGAGCCGGAAAUACACAAAAUACAGCGAUUUUGAUCACAAAAAUGAUUGAAAUCAUUUGAAUCAUCCAGAAAUUGCAUUUAUAGCACAGAUCAGUGGACAAAUAUUUAUUUUAUCAUUAGAAUACAUCUCAUGAUGGCAGGUAAGCAUGCCUCCGCUGACCGCACGUCCCUGUUGUGCAUGUACAUUUAGUACUGAAGCCAAAUCUGGAGCUUAUCUAAGAAAAUAACUUACAAUAACUGUCCAAAAUUAGUACACCCAAAAUUAUUUGUUAGUUAAAAUAUUAAAUUAAAAAAUUAAA